UAAGAGCUUUCACACAACGACUUCCAAGUUAUAAAUACUUUUGAUUUCUCUUCCUUUCUACACAUCAUUGUCGUCCAAGUUUCCAAGAGCUGAAUUUGAUCCGAAUUCUUCUAUAGCAAUUACAACCAACACAAUUGCAAGCAUGAAGCUCCACACAAUCCUCGUGGCUACUCUUUCUUCAAGCGCAUUCGCUGCACCUCUAGUCAACAAGGACUCCACCGGAAAACGUACUAGCCCCGUCCCACCUCUUAUGGAUGCGGGUAUCGAUUCUAGUUUCGUCGAGAAGCGCGCCAGCCCCGCCCCCCCUCUCAUAGAUACAGGCAUCGACUUCGACUUUGUCGAGAAGCGUGUCAGUGCCAGACCACCUCUCAUAGAUGCGGGUAUUGAUCUCGAUUUCGUCGAGUAAAUUGCCAGUCCCGAAAGCUUCUUUUGCACGAAGAGAUUGGGUUGCAAAGACAUGAAUUCUAUUGAAGAUGGUAUGGAUCAUUUUGAAAAUUGUAAUGUGCUUUGAGAUGGGGGGGGGGGGGGGGGGCGUGACCU